UUGCCCCGCUCGAUGCAAAUCUUCAUGACGCAUGCCUGCUUCCACGCUAUAAGAUAACGAGCACAGCGCGCGCGCCGGCCACAUCAAACCCAUUGAAACUUUAUCGCGAAGAGCUUCGUUCAAAUCAAACAAUAUGGCAUCCACGAUGAGGGCCUGGCAGUACAACAGCACAAAAGGCGGUAUUGAGAAGAACCUCCAGAUCAAUGAGGCCGCGCCACAACCGGUGCUUCACGAUGAACAAAUCCUUGUCCAAGUUCACGCUAUGGCAAUCAAUCCCGUCGACCACAAGGUCACCGAAGGCCCAAUGCCACUACGACUGGUAGGCUCCGACAUCACCCCAGGUGCCGAUUUCUGCGGCAAGGUCGCCAAAGUAGGCAAGAAGGUUGACGAGUACCAAAUCGGCGAAUUCGUCUUUGGCGCAAAAGUCGGCGCGUUGACAGGAGGAAGCAUGGCGCAAUACGUAGCCGUGGAAAGAGAGAUGCUGGCAAGGUUACCAGAAGGCGUGAAGGUCGAAGAUGCAGCAGGCGUCGGCAUCGUGGGACUGACCGAAUACCAAGCCAUCGCCCCAAACGUCAAGAACGGCGACAAAGUCUUCAUCAACGGCGGCUCGGGCGGAACCGGUGUGUACGGCAUCCAGAUCGCUAAAGCGCUGGGCUGCCACGUGACGACCACCUGCUCUACACCCAACAUCGACCUCUGCAAGAGCCUAGGCGCAGACGAAGUCAUCGACUACAAAACCAGCGACGUGAUCGAAACACUCUCCGCCAAAGGCCAAACCUACGCCCUCGUAGUCGACAACGUCGGCACACCACCCAAUCUCUACAAAGCCGCAUCCGCCUUCCUCACGCCAGCCGGCAAGUUCGUCCAGAUCGGCGCGACGAUGAACGUUGCUAGCAUCAAGAGUGUAGGCUCAAACAUGCUUUUACCGGGUUUCCUGGGUGGCGGUAAGAAUAGCUACCAGCUGUUGAUGGCGAAGCCGUCGUCGGAUGCGCUGAGCCAGAUUGGUGGAUGGAUGAAGGAGGGGAAAGUGAAGGCUGUGAUUGAUGAGGUGUUUGAGUGGGAGGACGCGCCUAAGGCGUUUGAGAAGUUGAAGACUGGGAGAGCGAAGGGCAAGAUCGUUGUUAGGGUGCCGCUGGAUUUGGAUAAGGCGAAGGAGAAGGCUGAGGUUGGGGGUGCUUGAAGAAGUGCGCUUCUAUGGUGUGUCGGGGCCGAACUGUUCUGUCGAGUUAUCAUCGGAAGAAUGGACUUGAAGAAACUUCCUUCGCUCUCAUGCUGCUAUGUACGACCAUCCCAUGUUCGCUGGGCUGCCUCGUUCUACCCGAAUUGGUACCCAUUGCCAAGGGGAUCUUAGCCAGACCUAAGACAUCAUUCACGCCGCCAGCACAUUCGUCAAUCCCGGUGCUUGCCUAAACCAUGGUACGCAUACACCUACUUAGCUUGCGGCUCUGUUAUGUUACACACCGAGCACACGUCAACUAUACAUCGCGAUAGACCUGUAUAACUCAACCCAAGCAUCCACAUUACCUCUGCCGUGGCAACCUUUUACCCC